AUUCGCAUCUCCGCGCUCCCAAUUUGCUAUAUUCUUAUUGAUGUAAUUUCGAGGGACGAAUUAAUACACUUUCUAAAUUAAAUGUAGAGCGCAUUCUUAACAAAGGUGAAAAAGAUUUAUGGAGUCGUCUCUUUGUCGUGUUUGCCUGGAUAUAGGCGAUAAUAUGGUUAACAUUUUCGAUGUGAUAUGUGAUUCCGGCAUUUCCAUUGCUAGCAAGGUUUCUCAGUGCACCGGUUACGUAAUUGAGAAACAGGAUCACUUACCAAAGAGCAUUUGCGCAAUCUGUCUACAAGAUACGCAAAACGCAUUCGAAAUUAUAGAAACAUAUGAGAGAAGUCACCAGUUCUACAGCUUCUUUAAUGAUAUACGGCAAGAGGAACGCGACGGUAUAUCAAACUGUUUCCAGAAAGUGACGACCAAGACAGAAGAAUCGAGUAAAGACACUCGACUGCACCACGAUCCUAUUCAAGAUAAGAACAAAGGAAUGAACCAGUCCAGUUCUCAAACGUGUACAUUGUAUUUACAAAAGAUGGUUGACGAUUUAAAGAAGGAUGUUAGUUAUGACACUGAUAAAGACUUUGAGCCUGGUGUUCAUGAUAGCAAUGACAAACUGUCGCUAAACUGCUCACAUUGUACAAAGACUUUUCGAUCCAAAUCCGGACUUUAUACACACAUUCGAACGCACACGGGAGAACGGCCUUUUAAGUGUCCUCAAUGUUUAAGGGCUUUUGGAACAAAUGGAAAUCUUAAGCGCCACUUGGUUUUGCACACAAGGAAAGAAGCUAACGAGGGUUUCCGAAGCUACAAAAAAUGUCAAGCUGAAAUACGUCUUAAGAAGCAUUUCCGAGCUCUCACAGAAGAACGUUCAUUUAUCUGUCCGCAAUGCUGUAAAAGUUUUACAACAAACAAAAAUCUUAAAAUUCACCAGAAAGUUCACCAAAGGAAGCUUAAAUUUAAGUGUUCUCAUUGUUUAAUGACUUUUGCCGACAAUUCACAUCUUGAAAUACAUUUGCGAACCCACACAGGAAAAAGACCGUUCCAGUGCUCAUACUGCAAGAAAAAUUAUUCAACUAAGCACUUCCUUGAAUCCCAUGUUCGUAUUCACUCAGGAGAUCGGCCGUACAAAUGUACCCACUGCUCAAGUGGGUUUGCAUUUCGGCCAAAUCUUAGGCGGCACUUGCUAACGCACACAGGAGAAAGACCAUUUCAGUGUUCUCAUUGCCCAAAGUCGUUUAGUACCAGUGGAAAUCUGAAGAGACACAUCAUAUUGCACACAAGGGGUCUAUCGUUCAAGUGCUCGCAGUGUCCGAAGAGUUUUACACUUAGGAAAAAGCUCGAGUGUCACCUUCGAAUACAUGCAGAAGGAAGGCCGAUAAAAUGUGAACUCUGCACAAAGACUUUCGGUUUUCUUUCAGGCGGUAUUCAGUAUUUUUCUGUGUAA